CCCAGCCUCCUCCAUUCUUCAUCCAGAUAACAUGAGACGCAACACCAUCCUGUUGACGGGAGCUAACUGAUUUUACAGAGGACCUUUUGAAACAUAUUUAUCAUGAUUUUUCAAGCACUUUUUGAGUGUAUGGACUUCACUGGCUGGCUGUUGUUGAGUUUUGUAGUGUUACUCCUGAUAGAUGUGGUCAGAAACUGGAGGCCACACAGCUUUCCACCUGGACCCUGGGCUGUGCCUUUUCUAGGAAAUGUCUUCACAGGAGUUGACUUCAAAACAAUGGAGAAGCUUGCUCAGGAGUACGGUCCAGUGUUCAGCUUGAGGAGAGGCAGCGAGAGGAUGGUGUUUGUUUCAGGCUACAAGAUGGUCAAAGAGGCUCUUGUUAACCAGCUGGACAGCUUUGUUGAUCGACCGAUUGUCCCUCUCUUCCAUGUUAUCUUCAAGGGGAUUGGCAUAGCUUUCAGCAACGGUUACCUGUGGAAGAAGCAGAGGAAGUUUGCCAACAUUCACCUGCGUUACUUUGGAGAGGGCCAGAAGUCACUGGAAAAAUACAUCGAAAUUGAAAGCAACUUCCUCUGUGAAGCUUUCAAAGAGGAACAAGGAAGACCAUUCAACCCCCACUACAUCAUAACGAAUGCAGUGGGUAACAUCAUCUCGUCCGUGCUCUUCGGACAUCGCUUUGAAUACAGCGAUCAAAGCUUUCGCAAGUUUCUGGAGUUGGACAAUGAGGCCGUUGUGCUCGCCGGUUCUGCUCAGACUCAGCUGUAUGAUGCCUUCCCUGGCUUGCUGAAGUACCUGCCAGGACCUCACCAGACUGUCCACGCCAACUACAAGGAGAUCAUGACUUUCCUGAAAAAGGAAGUAGAGAAGCACCAGGAGGAGUGGAACCCAGAUGACCCCCGUGAUUAUAUCGAUGUAUACCUGGCAGAGAUGGAAAAGAAAAAGGAGGAUCCCCAGGCUGGCUUCAACAUUGAAACCCUGCUGGUUUGCACCCUCGACCUGAUUGAGGCUGGUACAGAAUCAGCUGCCACCACUUUACGCUGGGCCCUCCUAUACAUGAUGCACUACCCAGAGAUACGGGAGAAAGUCCAGGCAGAGAUAGACCGAGUGAUCGGACAGUCUCGUCUGCCCACAAUGGCCGACAGACCCAACAUGCCUUUCACCGACGCUGUCAUCCAUGAGACUCAAAGGAUGGGAAACAUUGUUCCCUUGGGAUUCCCCAAAAUGGCCAGUAAAGAUACUACACUGGGAGGAUACUUAAUACCCAAGGGCACAGUUAUAACUACAAGUCUUGCAUCAGUGCUGUUUGAUAAGAAUGAGUGGGUGACUCCAGAUAUCUUCAAUCCGGAGCAUUUCUUGGAUUCAGAGGGCCAGUUUCGCAGAAGAGAGGCCUUCUUACCGUUUUCAGCAGGUAAACGUGUGUGUUUAGGGGAGCACCUGGCCAGAAUGGAGCUGUUCAUUCUCUUUACAUCUCUCCUCCAACACUUCACCUUCUCUCCUGUUCCUGGAGAAGCGCCCGGCUUGGAUGGUGUGCUGGGCUUCACCCAUUCCCCCAAGGAGUUCAGGAUGCUAGCUGUGCCUCGUUGAAUGGCUUCAGCCUCUUCUCAUCCCUGCAUUUGCACAAAUCUUUAACGGUCUCCACGUUCUCUCUGAGACAACCUGGACUUGCUUAUGGUUUCAAGGCCAUAACAGUGAGACCAGUUGCCUUUGAUUUGGUUCUUACAGAUAAUUAAAGCACCAGCACUCCCAUGAUCUUCCCAAAGAGGGAUUUUCACACAACUGUGUGAGAGUACAAAAUCAGAAAUAACAGCUCGCAACUGAUGUUACAUUUAAAAUACACUUUGCAAAGUCUGCUGUGGUAGUAUUACAUUCUCACUUAGAAUUAAGAUGUUUAAACAAACUAAUCAACCAGUCAAGUUGCAGUUUACAUCCAUGUCCGUCCAAAAUGUCAUUUUUUCAUUUUAUCCUAUCAGACAUUUAUACGUGUUUCGUGAGAUCACAGUGACCACCAAAUUCUAAUCAGUUCAUCUUUGAGUCCAAGUGGACGUUUGAGCCAAAUUUGAAGAAAUUCCCUCAAGGCGUUCCUGAGAUAUCACGUUCAUGAGAAUGGGACGGACGUAAAGUAAUAGUGACCUUGACCUUUGACCACCAAAAUCUAAUCAGUUCAUCCUUGAGUCCACGUGGGUGUUUGUGGCCAGGCACGUGCACAGAUAGACCCCAGGUGGUGCUCAAGCUCCUGCCCUCUCCCUCUCCUCUCUCGCCACGUGUACUAGGGCUGAAUAGUUCACAGCGUCAUUCAUAAUGUUGAAUUAUUAUUAUAAAUAACUUACAGAAACUUUGCGUUCUCUCUCACAGCGAGCACUGCAGCACUCAUUCCUCAUCUCUGUAAUUGUCUCAGUCCGAAGUCUAUGAGUCAAAACGCAUUGAAAAAAGAUAGAUCUAAUCAUUUCCCAAAGUCACAACAUGUUUUUAUCUAAUGAAAUAUUCUGCUUCAAUCCAUAUUUGUUGGCAUUUAGCCUUUCAAAAACAACAUUUUCCCUGCGAUCAAAACAUUUUUCUCUCCUGCUUGCCGCACACAAUUGGGACAUUUGACACAUUAAUGGGGCGGUCUAGAAGCAAUCUAACAGCAUCAUAAAUUACAUUUAUAUAACCACAAUAACAAAAUAAUAUGUUCCAUAUUUUUAUUCGAAAACCUCAAUAGAAGCUUCAAAAAAAUGAUAUGGGCAUCGGUGUUGCUAGGUCAUUUUGUCAGGGCUUGACCCCAUCGAUUUUUACAUAAAUAUAUAUAAUAUAGCUAUAUAUACAGUCUAUGCUUAACCCUGACCGUUUUGUGUGUAGGCCAGAAAAUAAUUUUGAAUGUAGGUCAAUGUGAAGCUCAUAAUGUGUGUGAAUACCUGUCUCUAAACUAACUCGGGAAUAGAGCUUGUUUAUCGAAAAAAGCCAGGGUGAGGAUCCCCCGGACAUCCCUACAGAUGUUCAGGCUAAGCCCCAAUGUGUCGUCAUGUUUACUUGUAUCAAUCGCGUCUACCAGCUGUCGAGUAUUAAACAUCUGCAUGACUGCAUGGGUAUUGAAAUACAUAAAAUUUGCAAGUAAAAUAUAUGUGCCACUCUAUGUAACUUUAUAUUUUUUUUAAACAAUUAUGAGAGGGGUCCCCUUUUAUUGGAUUGAGCACCUGACCCCAAAAAUGUGAUGAAGAAAUGCCCUCCAGGCGUUCCUGAGAUAUCGUGUUCACGAGGAUGGGUCACACGUGAGGUCACAGUGACCUUUGACCACCAAAAUCUAAUCAGUUCAUCCUCGAGUGCAAGGUGUGUUUGUGCCUGGUGUAAUGAAAUUUCCAGUGUUCCUGAGAUAUCACGUUCACGAGAACGAACGGACGACCCGAAAACAUAAUGCCUCCGGCCACGGAGGCAUAAAAACUACUGUUCUACUUGUACUGAUACGGUAUUGAUCUAUCACUGGUCUGACAAGCUUUUAUCUACUGGAUCUCAUAUAAUUUGAUGAGAUGAUUAUCAUAUACUGUAUAUAUGACAUUCAUAAACUGUUGAUCCAUUAAGUGUUGCAUAAUUUAAUGAGUUAAUACUGACUGUAUCAUUUAUCAGUAUGGAGCAACAAGAGAUUCAUAUUGGUCUCAUGAUGUCUUAUAUAUUGAUUUUGUUAUGAAAAAUGUAUUCUGUUGCACAUACAUGACCCUGUAUCUUCGUCUAAAGCCAUGCCUAGGUUGUUUUCAUAGAUUUUUUUUUAACAUGUACUGCAAUUGUACAGUAUUAAGGACGUUUUAUUCUGUUCUUAAAUCAAUAAAUGAUUUUAGUUGUA